UUCUAAGGGGGGAGGAGUUUGCCAACUUACACCGGAGUGGACAGCAGCAGGCUAAUGCACCCGGACGGACAAGUUGACCCUUUGUAAGGGUUCAAGUGUUUUGCAAAUUCUUUGUUGUCAUUUAUAGCAGCCGGCACGACGUCAAAAUGAUGCGCUUCCUGCUGCUCUUCAGUCGCCAGGGGAGGCUGCGUCUGCAGAAGUGGUUCACGCCCACGCCAGAGCGAGAGAAGAAGAAGAUCAUCAGGGACAUGACCACCAUGGUGUUGGCACGGAAACCACGCUCCUGUAACUUCCUCCACUGGAGAGACCUCAAGAUUGUUUACAAGAGGUAUGCAAGCUUGUAUUUCUGCUUGGCUCUGGAGGACCAAGACAACGAGCUGUUAGCACUGGAGAUACUUCAUCGUUAUGUGGAACUACUGGACAAAUACUUUGGCAAUGUGUGUGAGCUGGACAUAAUCUUUAACUUUGAGAAGGCCUAUUUUAUCCUGGAUGAGUUUCUAAUGGGAGGGGAGAUACAAGAAACAUCAAAACAGAUUGUGAAUCGCUCCAUCGAAGCCUCAGACAUGUUGCAGGAGGAUGACAACAGUGAUUGGUAUGAGGUGGAGCUGUUUGGAUGACCUUGAAUAUGGACAGAAAGACCAUGGAGGAGUAUAUGAGCAAACCUGCAUUUUAAUGCCUGGAGAAGGACGUAACAGUGGGAAGGAAUACAGGAAAACAAUGUGUUGUAGAUGAGUCAAAGAGGUUUCUGAGUAUGGAAAUAGAUUCUGCUCUGAUGCUGCUGAACUUUUUUUUUUUUUUUUUUUUUUUUUAAAUGGGAAGCUGAAUGUCUGCACAGUUUCUGUCUGACACAUUGUGCCUUCAGUUCCAACACAGCUUUGUUAGAGAAUAACACCCCGACUCAAGUGAAGGAAAGAGUUCAGCAUUACACUGAUUCCUUAUUUUUCAAAUUUGAUGAAGUAGUUACUGAAGAUCAGCAACAUGUGAAUCAUAACCAUGAAGUGCUUUUAGACUUAUAAAUUUGUUGAUUGUUCUAUUUAAAUCAUGUAUUUUAUUUAAUAUAUUGAUAGGGAUUGGUUUCAUUCCAAAAACUCAAGGCUCUAUUCAUUUUUAGGGGAAAACUAUUUGAAACUCACCAGUCAAUAUGUCGAAAUCCAAAUGAUUCAGUCCGCAGGAACUUGAGUUUUGUAAUGGUUUUAAGAUAACUCAGAUCUUAAAAUUAACCCAUGACAGACUAUACUUUUAUGCCACCAAAUACGUUAUGAGACGGAUUUUUUUUUUUUUUUUUUUUUAACUCAAUGGUGAAUGUUUAAUUUUGGAAUGAAACCGAUCAUGAAACACUAUUAACUGUGUUUAAGAUAAAGCCUAGAUAGUGUGGUAUGGGUGGGGCCAUUAGUCUCUUAAGGGAGCGGUUUAGUGUGGGUGUGAAUAUCACUGUUUUUAUACCAAGUGCAAUUUGUAAUGUUAAAGCCUAUGAUUAAAGAUGUGUUUUGAUAA